CGGGCUGCUCUGGGAGUAGCAGUUCUACGAGGCGCUCGUUCCCGCCGCCCCGGCAGGGGCUCCACACCACGCCGCCGGGACACGGCGACUCCACCGCCCGGACCCUCCCGCCCCGCCGGGGCCGGCUGCGUAAGCGGGGGCGGGCCUCUGCGCAGUGCGGCCAAUCGGGACCGGGCCUGGAGGCCGGGGUUGGACGGCCUCGGCGGGACGCCCCGAGUGGCGGUUGUUUCAAGAUGGCGGACGUGGAGGGCCCCUCCCGACUCGGCGCGGCGGCGUUCUGGAGCCGCGACUUUUCUGAUGAAGAACAGUCAGUAGUGUAUGUUCCAGGAAUUUCUACAGGAGGAAAUAUCAGAUCAAGACACAAGAUGGUGAAUCCAAAAGCUGAUGUUAAACUUAAGACUUCCAGGGUGACUGCUACUUCAGUCUCCAUGGAGUCUUUAAAAGGUGCAGGGGAUUCAGUAGAUGAACAGAAUUUCUGCAGGGGAGGAAUAAAGAGUGCAUCAUUGAAGGAUUUAUGUCUUGAAGAUAAAAGACGCAUUGCAAACUUAAUUAAAGAACUGGCCAGAGUAAGUGAGGAAAAGGAAGUAACAGAAGAAAGACUCAAAGCUGAGCAGGAAUCAUUUGAGAAGAAGAUCAGGCAGUUGGAAGAACAGAAUGAACUGAUCAUAAAAGAAAGGGAAGCUCUUCAGCUACAGUAUAAAGAAUGCCAAGAACUUCUAAGCCUCUAUCAGAAAUAUCUAUCAGAACAGCAGGAGAAGCUCACUGUGUCUCUCUCAGAACUUGGUGCUGCUAAAAUUCAGGAACAACAGGUAUCCGAUAGGAAAAGCACUCUCUGGUCUUCAUCUGUGGAACUGGAUGGUUCCUACUUGAGUGUAGCCAAACCACAAACCCACACUCAAACCAAGCAAAGGCCUAAGUCUGCAAAUCAGGACUCAGCUUCAGAAUCCCUUGCGGAAUUUAGGAAUAAUUCUUUGAAACAAGCAGCCCUUCAUUAUCCCAAAGAGGAUGUGGACAAGGUGCCAUCAGAGACCAGAACAUGUAAUUAUGGAUCCCCAGGGAAAAAACUAGUAGAUGCAGUCCCUACAGAGAAAGUUCCACCAGAGGACCUGAACAUGAAGGAAUGCCAACACCGUAAGGCUACUCCACCUAGUCAGUGUUGUGGUCAUAGACUUUCUGAAAAUGCGGAUCAUGUUCGUGAGAGCCAUCCGACAAACAUGGUCCCUGAAUAUUCCAGGACACAUCUGGAAUCAUGCAGGUAUUGUGGGCUUUCCUGGGCAUCUCUGAUGCGUGGCCAAGGGGCACUGCAGCCUAGUGAAACUGAUGUCAAAAAGCAGCUCUCAGAAGAUAGAAGGCAGCAACUCAUGCUUCAGAAAAUGGAGCUGGAAAUUGAAAAAGAACGCCUUCAGCAUCUACUGGCCCAGCAGGAGACAAAACUACUCCUAAAGCAGCAGCAGCUUCAUCAGUCUCGACUGGACUAUAACUGGUUAAGAACUCAAGCUGUAUUUAAGUCAAGAGAACUGGUUGCUAAUAAAGACAUUACUACACCCCGAGAGCUGAGGCUGGAUAUGAAUGAGAGUGGCUCUGGACCAAGUUUAUUGAAGUCAAAAUGUGAUGGCUGGACGCUUGGAACAUCAUCAUCCAGCAAAAAGUACCAAGACUUCACUAAUAAUGGAGAGAAUAGAAGGGAGAAGAAGACAGUUGGGUUUCAGUCACAUAUGGAAGAUGAUGCCCUGUGGACAGGUCAAAAGAAAGAUGCAUAUCAACCCCAAAGAGGGACAAUGACAGAAGUUAGAAAAGAUGCGUCCACAUCUCCUAUGACAACAGGAAGUCAAAAGGAGCUUGUAAUCACAACCACAGCAUCAUUGCAACAUGACACUCCCCGGAGUAAUACGAGACAAAGGUGUUUGCUGGAGGAUACCAUUCCUAUUUGCCAGUCGCCAUGCUGUUUUGCAAGUUUUCAGAAGCAGAGGCAGCUUUGGUAUGAGACAUCUCUACUGGAUUUGGUUCAAUCUCUGAGUCCCAAGACUGCUUCCAAACCGCGGCCCCAUCGCUCCAGAGAAGCUGGGUCAUGGCAUCACAGUACUUGCCUACUCAGUCCUCUGAAAUCAACCUGGAACAAGACCGGGGCAGGCAGGACCCCUGAAGACCUGGAGGAGGAUCAAAUUCUGGAAGAUAUCUUUUUCAUUUGACACUGAAGCACAUGCUGCAAAAUUUCUGUCAGAAAUGAGUGGGUGUUUUUAUAUACUGAUCCAGGAUUUUUAAUUAUUUGACUGCAAUGUAAUUGUGUCUCUCCUUUCACAGGGAGGGACCUAUCUCACUAGCAUCCUGUUACGUGUCGAAUAUAGAAAUCAUUCUAACAA